AUGAACGAAGCGCAUUCAGAUUAUCUUGAGGGUGAUCGUGUUGAUUUGCACUUCAUUUUUGCCAAAAAACCGGAUUCCUCAUCUUCUAACGUUAAAUGGUUUUUUCAACGUCGAGACAACUUAGAAAUCAUCCCAGUUUCUUCAAAUAUUUCCAUGCGGUAUAAAACUACCAUUCAAAACAUACUCUGCCCUGAAUACCUUGCUGCUCCAAUGAAUUUCUCUUGUCAGAUUGCAAGUCUCAGCUUGAUUGGAGCAUUUUUUGGAGAUAUUGGUGAUUAUACUGCUCAAGUAGAAGGAGAGGACUGUUCCCCUUGCUCCACCACUUUUUCAAUCAACGUGAUCCCAAAGCCAACGUAA